AUGCUUCAUCUUUUGCAUUUUGGUGGUUGGGGCACUGAUAAGGAGUCUUCGACCUCUACGCCUGUUCAUGAAAGUGGAUCGUCCCACGAAAUCGCGUCACUAAAAGACGACUACCGUAUUGGGCAUGACAUCCAGCAGACUCGGACCGCGGACUGGGCUGCGAAUACAGCCAAGUGCAUUGUACCAGUCCCAUUGAUUAUACCUCGUGUUACCGAAGCGUCAGUUUCAUGCUCCAACGAGCCAAUACGAAUGCCAACUUCUGGCUACAGAGGAAGCGAGCGUCGGCACCUCCGGCCGACCACCAGCAUUGACCGUCUUGCAGUGGCAAGUGCUACACAUUCCACACGUCUAAGGCCUGCUGCGGUUUUGGGGGUUGAUUUCACCGAACCGGAUGCCAAAGUCGAGUCAAUUUCAGACUCCAUCUCUAAACAGACAUCGUCAUUUAACGAGAUCCGGAAUAUAGUCAUUUUACCGAGUAUGCUUGACUCAGAUUCACCUCCUGCUCUCUUAGGCAAUGCAAGAACAAACCGAAGAUUCAGGCCAGCUACCGCAGUCGCCCGAAUAGCAGUUUCAAAAGGAUCGUUGGCUGAAGCAUCCGAUCCGGUUGAUCGAGAUGAGGCACCAGAGGCCCAAUUCACUUAA